AUGCGCUUCUUCGCCUCCCUCCCGUUGGUCCUCCUGACCCUGAUCAGCUCGGCCCAGGCCCAGUUCGGCUUCUUUGAUCAAAUGUUCGGCGGCCAGCAGCAGCAACAGCAGCCCCAGAACGUCCCCAGCGACCCCUCGCAGUACCAGCAAAGAUACGACGGAUCCUACUGCGAACACUACCUCUGCCCCGACACCCUCGCCUGCGUCCACUUCCCCCACCACUGCCCCUGCCCCUGGCCUGCGAACCAAGACAAGGUCGAGCUCACCGAAGGCAGCCGGAUCUGCGUUUCGAAAGGUGGAUUCGCUGCUGGCGAGGCGGCGAGGAAGGUUGAGCUGGCGCGCAAGGGCCUGUUGUAA